AUGGCAUUACCAAAAAGGAUAAUAAAAGAGACUGAGCGUUUAAUGGCUGAACCAGUUCCUGGUAUCAACGCCGUUCCCCAUGAAGAUAACUUGCGAUAUUUCGAUGUUAAAAUACAUGGCCCUUCUCAAUCUCCGUACGAAGGUGGCAUAUUUUCAUUAGAAUUAUUUCUGCCUGACGAUUAUCCAAUGACGCCCCCCAAAAUUCGUUUUUUGACAAAGAUAUAUCACCCAAAUAUAGACAGACUAGGUAGAAUUUGCCUUGAUGUGUUGAAAAACAAUUGGUCUCCCGCGCUCCAAAUCCGCACAAUUCUCUUAUCUAUUCAAGCUCUACUAGGAGCUCCCAACCCAGAUGAUCCACUCGCAAAUGAUGUUGCUCAGCGUUGGAAAGAAGAUGAACCAGCUGCUAUUCAAACAGCUAGGGAGUGGACAAAGCAGUAUGCUUCGCCAGCAUGA